UUAUUGAUGUAUAAACGCCUGUCCCUCUCCAGCAUUCUCUCACUUCCAAACACAAAAACUCCACUCAUUUUUAUUGUAACUCAUUCAUGAAUCCAGCGUUAUUUCAAAAGAAAAUUUUGGAGCUUUUCAGUUUUCUCUGCAAUUUCGUAAAAAAUCUGUGAACUCACUUUAUCCAUCUCCUUUUUUCUUUUCCACUUCUUGAAAUUAAAAUCCGACUCAAAUUUGCUUUCUUCUUCCUUUAUUUAUAUUUUCUUUUGUGUGUUACACUUCAAAAAAACUAUUUUAAUAUAUUUUUAAUACAUAUCUCUAGCAUAUUUCCGAUGGCUUUUCUGGCCAUAGAAAACGCCUCCUCCUCCUCCUCCUCAUCUAUUCCUUCUUCUUCUACUCCUGGAUGCAAAUACGAGUACGAUGUAUUUCUCAGUUUCAGAGGCACCGACACCCGCAACAAUUUCACGGACCAUCUAUACGAUAGGUUGAAGCAAGAAGGCAUAUUCACAUUUAGGGACGAUGAGAGACUCAAGCAAGGAACAGAGAUUAACUCAGGGCUCCUGAGAGCAAUAGAUGAAUCGAAAAUCGCUGUUGUCGUUCUAUCCAAACAAUACGCUUCGUCGAGUUGGUGUUUGAUCGAACUAGCAAAGAUCGUUGAGUGCAUGGACAAGAAGAAGCUGACAAUCCUUCCUGUGUUCCACUAUGUGGAUCCUAGUGAUGUCAGGAAUCAGAGAGGGUCUUUCGCGGAAGCUUUUGCAAAACAUGAAAAUCGGUUCGAAGAUAAGAUCGAUGAUGUGAAGACUUGGAGAGCAGCCUUGACCAAAGUUACCAAUCUCUCUGGAUGGCAUCUAAAGGAUAAUUCUGAAUCAGAAGUUAUCAAAAAAAUCAUUCAAAGAAUAAAUAGUGAGUUGGAUCGUGAAGUCCCAUUUGUUUCCGAGCACCUCGUUGGAAUGGACUCCCGUGUGAAGGAAAUGUUGGAUUUAUGCUUGGGUGAAAGGUUGAAUUGUGUCCGCUUAGUUGGGAUUUGUGGAAUGGGUGGAAUCGGUAAAACAACUCUUGCCCGAGAAGUUUAUAAUAGAAUUUUUCAUGACUUUGAAGCUAGAAGCUUUGUUGCUAAUGUUAGAGAAGAGUCUAAAAGACGACGUCUAGUUUCUUUACAGAAAAAUAUUCUUUCUAAGAUCCUCAUGGGAGCAGAAAAAAAUAUUGCAGAUGUUGAAGAGGGAAAGAAAAUUCUAAGGAAUAGACUCUGCAAAAAGAAGGUUCUUAUUGUUCUUGAUGAUGUGAAUGAUGAUGAACAACUAAAAGCAUUAGCUGGGAAGGAUUGGUUUGGUCCAGGGAGUAUAAUCAUUGUAACAAGUAGAGAUAGUCAUUUGUUGAACAGUUAUUGGGAUGGGGUGUUUGAUAUAUAUAUAGCUAAGGGGUUGAAUGAUGAUGAAGCUUUGGAGCUUUUUAGUUUGAAGGCUUUUAAGAAACCUCAUCCUCAAGAAAAUUAUGUGGAUUUGUCUAUAAAUUUUGUGAGUUACGCUAACGGCCUUCCUUUAGCUCUUAGAGUUUUAGGUUCUUCAUUGUUUGGUAAAACACUUGAUGUAUGGAAAAGUGCUCGAGAUAAAUUAGAAGCAAAACCUAAUAGAGUCAUUAUGGAUGUACUUGAAAUGAGUGUUGAUGGGCUUGAUGAUACACAAAGAGAUUUGUUUUUAGAUAUUGCAUUUCUCUUUAAAGACAUGGACAACUAUUGCAGAAGAGAUACUCUAGAAAGUUUAGGUCACUAUACCUACGAUAUUGAUGUUCUUCAGGACAAAUCUCUUAUAACCUUUGCUUCAGAUGGAGCUCUUGAGAUGCAUGAUUUACUUAAAGAAAUGGGUCAAGACAUUGUUCGUCGUGAAUCCCCUGAAGAGCCUGGUAAACGUAGUAGGUUAUGGAGUUUAAAGGAUGUCCUGCAUGUAUUGACAAGUAAUGCUGGAACAGAGGUAGUUAAAUGCAUAAUGCUAAACAUGCCUAUUGAAGCAAAGGAACGCUUGAGCGCUGAAGCCUUCUCAAAGAUGAAAAUUUUGAGAUUUCUUAAAAUUGGUUAUGUGCAUCCUCCAAAAGACCUCAUUGGAGGUCCUAUUCAACUUCCACAAGGCCUCAAUUAUCUUUCUAACGAGUUACGCAUAAUAGAUUGGCGUGGAUAUCCUUUAAAAUCCAUGCCAACUAGUUUCCAACCAAACAAACUUGUUGAACUAAGAAUGCAUUACAGUGACAUAAAACAACUAUGGAAAGGAAUUAUGAUUUUAAAUGAGUUAAAACUCAUUGACCUCAGGGAUUCUCAAAACUUGAUUGAGAUCCCGGACCUUAGUGGAGUCCCAAAUCUUAAGCAAUUGAUCCUCCGACGUUGUACAAGACUCUAUAAGAUACAUGAAUCUCUUGGAGAUCUCAAAAGGCUUAUUCGAUUGGAUUUGAAUGGUUGUAAACGUCUCGAAAGCCUUCCUCAUGAGAUCAACUUGGAAGCUCUUGAAACUUUUAUUAUUUCUGGUUGUUCAAGACUAAAGAAGUUUCCAGAGAUUGUGGGAAAUAUGUCAUGUUUGUUAGAACUUUCUUUGAAUGAGACUGCUAUAACAGGGCUACCAUUAUCAAUUGAGCAUUUAAUUGGCCUUACUAAAUUGGAUCUAAGAGACUGCAAAAACCUUUCACGUCUUCCGAAUGGUUGUUAUAGUUUAAUGUCUUUAAAAAUUCUUAAUUUAUCUGGUUGCUCAAAACUUAAUGAAUUACCAGAAAAUUUGGCGAAAAUCAAAGGUUUGGAGGAGUUAUACUUGAGUGGGACGGCUAUAACAAGCCUACCUUCAUCCUUUGUUCACUUAAAAAAUCUCAAAGAACUCACUCUCUCCAAAUGUGUGGGGCUAUCAUCUAAUAAGCUCACGAGGUUUCCUUUGAUGCAACCUAGAAGAAGUCCAGAUCUCGUGGGCAUGCUAAUGCAUUCUUUAAUAGGCUUAUGCUCUUUGACCAAACUUGAUCUAAGUUAUUGCAGUGUUCGGACAAUUCCUAAUGUUCUUGGGUGCUUGUCAUCUUUAAAUACUUUAAAUCUAAGGGGAAAUAAUUUUGUUUGCCUUCCUGAAAGUAUCAUUCAACUAUCUAAUCUGAGAUAUCUUUAUAUGAAUGGUUGCACUCAUCUUCGAAUGUUGCCCAAGCUUCCAUUAAAUAUUGACUUUAUUGAUGCAACACAGUGUACCUCGUUGGAAACAUUAUCGUUAAGGCCAGAAUAUGAUUUUCGGCCGAAAAUUUGUCUUCUCAAUUGCAAUAAAUUGAUCACGAAUCAAGGCUGCGGUGACCUGUUUUCAACAAUGCUAAGACAUUAUAUCAUUAAUACCCAGGGUCAGCGAGAUUGUUACGAUGUCGUGAUUCCUGGGAGUGAAAUUCCGAAAUGGUUUAGCCACCAAAAUGUGGGGGGUUCAGUGAAUCUGCAAGUGCCCUCAGAUUCAUUAGGUAACAAAUUGAUGGGAAUCGCUGUGAGCGCUGUUUUUGUAUUCCGCAAGCAUCAUAUUCAAGAUUAUGGAAAGCAGAUACUUUGGUGUUCCGUUGGUUCGGGCCGUCUUUUACCCGUGGAAUUUGGUAAGAUUGAACCGUAUCAGCUGUUGCUGAGAUAUGUGCCCUUUGCAUUCUUUGGAGCGGAAUUGAUAGAAAUAUUGAAUCAAGUCGACGCUAAUGGAUUCAGCCAGAUUGAAGUUAAAUUUGAACCCGAAGGUCCAGGAUUGGAGGUUACAAAAUGCGGGGCCCAUCUGGUAUUCGAGCGAGACAUUGAAGACCUAAUAAACCAAACUAAGGCUGGGCCUAGCAGCUGCAUCAUCGCUCCUUAUGAUGAGGAAGGUUUUGACGAUUCAGAAAAAGAUAACAAAAUUAAGCGAAGCCGUGAUGACUCUGAUGGGGAAGGGGCUGGACCUAGUGGAGAAGCUACCUCUAAUGAUGUAGACGAACCACACCCAAAGAGGAUACGACUCCCUAAUCUGAUUGAAAGAUUAAUUCCACGUUUAGGAAAUUGGCUUGGGAAUUCAAGCACACAAGAACAAGGUGACUCUGAUUGCGAGGAAGAGAAAUCCCAGUGAAAUUGGUAGCUUUGAUGAAAUUGGCUGAUCAACUUUCUUGUCUUUGACUUUUUCUACCUCAUACUGGAUAUGAAGAAGUAUUUUAUUUGGACUUUGUUGAAAAGGAGAAACUGUCAUGUUGCUGGCUGACGAAAAAGCAUGUGGAGCUGAUUGUAUGGUAGUCAUUUUUUUUUCAAUUGUGCUGGAUGGUGCAUUGAUGUGGCAGUCCUAUAAAUUGUGUGGAUCACGUCCAGAUUGGUUGAAUCAAUACAAUUGCAUGGAAGCUUCUAUUGCUAGCAACUGCCAAAGCUUGAAUGUGCAGAAGUGUGGGCUUUAUCACUGCUACAUGACUUCUUUAUCUGAUAAUUGGGGUCUCAUUUGUCAAUUGAUGGUUGAUAAUGGAGAAAGAUAUAAGCAAUGUUGAAGAAGUUCAGCCUAAAAGACUCAGAUUUCACAUUGAUUCCAUGCUUAAGGAGGAGGGAAAACGAGAUGUACAAUAUCCUCUUGCAUUGCUGCCUUCAUUACUUUUGAGCUUUUCCUUCUAAGCUACUGGUAAUAUGGAAUUCAAAUCAGCUUUGGUGUUCCGUUGAUUCCAUGCUUAAAGACGGGAAAACAAGUUGUAGAAUAACCUCUCCUCUGCUUGCAUUGCUGCCUUUAUUACUUUUGAGCUCUUCAUAUCUAAGUUCAUGGAAAAAAUGGUAUUAACUUCUAAGGGUGGGACUCGAGUUUUUGUUACUAGAAUUCCUCCUAGUGUCACAGAUGAUGAUUUUGGCAGGAUCCAGUGACAAAACAUGGAAUUGGAUUUGUAAUGCAUGAAAAUGCAGGAAGUGGAGCUUGAGUCUUAAAAUUUUGUAUUCUAGUUUUUUGUUCAAGUGAAUUUGUAGAAUACAUAGUGUUAAUCGAGAGAUUCUAAACUAUAAACAUAGUGUUUGAGGUGUCAUUUGGAAGAUCAAUAAUUGUGGAACUUAAUCAUUUGUUGUUUUGGUCUUCCAUUUUACCUCAUAGUAUUGUCUGGUCUGUUUUCAGAUUCAGUAUACCGGAUAAUGUCUGAAUCAUAUGAACUUCAAAGGUUCUACGGUUGCUGUGGACUUAGCAAUUCCAAAGGUGUGCUAUUAUUUAAUCUGCUUCUUGUAUUGAAAAUUGAAUCAAGUUUAUGUUAUGUUGAUGGUAGACCUGUA